AUGCAUUCUGUAAUGCAGAGAGAGAACAUGUCGUCAAAAAGGGAAAGGGAAGUUGGUGAUAGAGUAGAGAAUGAAGGGCGUGAUAAUGAAUCGAAAAGGCAAAAGCUGGAUGAGGAUUCUUCCCCCUCUCCUCCUCCAGUCUCCAUUGUGAAUCCACUUUCUGGGUUGGCCAAUAAUUAUGCUGACAUUGAUGAGGAGGAAGACUAUGUUCGAAGGGAAAAGGGUUCUGUUAAUGAGAGGAGGAAUGAUGGGCAUAGAUAUGGAGAGGCUGAUGAUAGUGAUGAAGAAGAUGAUUCACAUGACCACUUAUUUAGUGGAAGAAACAAUCGCCAGGUUGAGGUUCGGAAGGACUGUCCUUAUCUCGAUACUGUUAAUAGACAGGUUUUGGAUUUUGACUUUGAAAAAUUUUGUUCUGUCUCCCUAUCGAAUUUAAAUGUGUAUGCAUGUUUGGUUUGCGGGAAGUAUUACCAAGGGAGAGGAAAGAAGUCUCAUGCAUAUACACAUAGUCUGGAAGCAGGACACCAUGUUUAUAUCAAUCUUCGCACUGAAAAAGUCUACUGUCUUCCUGAUGGUUAUGAGAUUAAUGAUCCUUCAUUAGAUGACAUUCGGCAUGUCUUAAAUCCAAGAUUCACUGCAAAAGAAGUUGAACAACUUGACAAAAAUAAGCAGUGGUCUAGGGCACUUGAUGGUUCUAGUUACCUUCCAGGAAUGGUGGGACUUAAUAAUAUCAAGGAGACUGAUUUUGUAAAUGUAACAAUUCAAUCCUUAAUGAGAGUUACCCCCUUGAGGAAUUUUUUCCUUAUCCCUGAAAAUUAUCAACACUGCAAAUCUCCACUUGUUCAUCGAUUUGGUGAGCUCACUAGGAAAAUCUGGCAUGCACGGAACUUUAAGGGACAGGUCAGCCCACACGAGUUUCUACAAGCAGUGAUGAAAGCCAGUAAGAAAAGGUUUAGGAUAGGUGCACAAUCUGACCCAGUGGAGUUCAUGUCAUGGCUUCUUAAUACGUUACAUGCAGAUCUUAAGACAUCAAAAAAGAAUACCAGCAUAAUCUAUGAGUGUUUUCAGGGUGAACUUGAGGUUGUGAAAGAGAUUCCUAACAAAGGGACCAUUGAUAAGAAAGAAAACACUGAAGACCAGAACAAUGCUGAGAAACUUUCGGAUGGGGUAAAUGAGCGAUAUGCAUUUGUCAAAGAAACUUCAAAAAUGCCAUUUCUAAUGUUAGGGUUGGACUUGCCACCACCUCCUCUUUUCAAGGAUGUGAUGGAAAAAAACAUAAUACCACAGGUCCCACUCUUUAACAUACUGAAGAAGUUUGAUGGUGAAACUAUCACAGAGGUGGUCCGACCGCACAUAGCUAGGAUGCAGUAUCGUGUUACCAGAUUGCCUAAGUAUAUGAUUCUUCACAUGCGUCGGUUUACUAAGAAUAAUUUUUUUGUGGAAAAGAAUCCCACAUUAGUCAACUUUCCUGUGAAGAACCUCGAGUUGAAGGACUACAUUCCCUUGCCAACACCAAAUGAAAAUGAGAAACUGCGAUCUAAAUAUGAUUUAAUAGCUAAUGUUGUUCAUGAUGGCAAACCUGGUGAGGGUUUCUAUAGGGUAUUUGUGCAACGCAAAUCAGAAGAACUAUG